UUUAAAAUUUAAGUUAAUUAUUUUGAAAACUAUUCCUAUCCUACUAUUUAUAAUUCACAGUUGAGCUGCUUGACCAGCCUGUUUCCUCUAUCUUGUGUGUUUGGCUUCUACAUCACCAUACUUGUGAACUGUCCCUUCCCCAAAGAGACUCGUAAAAAUGGCAGUGAGUUUGAGUCUUGUUGGAGCAUUCAAAGGACUCUCUUUAUCUUCCAAUUCAUCCUCUUCUUUCCUCCGCGGUGACUUUGCUUCUCUUCCCGUUGCUCCCAAGUUCUCCGUUUCAUUCCCGUUGAGAUCUCCUCUGACAAUUGAGUCUGCCCACAAGAAAGGAGCAGGUAGCACUAAGAAUGGUCGAGAUUCUCCUGGACAGAGACUUGGUGUCAAGAUUUUUGGUGACCAAGUCGCCAAACCCGGUUCUAUAAUCGUUCGCCAGCGCGGUACAAAGUUCCACCCAGGAAAGAAUGUUGGACUUGGCAAGGAUCACACAAUCUUUUCUUUGAUUGAUGGACUAGUCAAAUUUGAGAAGUUUGGGCCUGAUAGAAAAAAGAUAAGUGUUUAUCCACGUGAGGUGCAACCUGAAAACCCCAACAGCUAUAGAAACCGAAAGAGAGAGUCCUUCAGAUUACAGCGUGAACGUAGAAAGGCACGAAGAGAGGGUGUCAUCCUUCAGCCUCAGUUGGUACUUGCUUCUGCUGCUGAAUCCUCUGAGGAUAAUCCCAGUCCCACUUGCUGAUAUUGGUCUUUUCGGUGUUUAAACAUUCUGUUGUAAUUUUGGUUAUUACUAGUAGUGACUUGGGAACAUAUAUAGGUCACAGUUCUACAUUAUGCUUC